UUUCGGUUUGUGUUGUUAGUCGUCGUUGUCUCUUAAGUCGUGUUGCGCGUUUUGACUGAGUCUUGUGGUAAUUACCACGGCAGUGAAGAACGGAGUCGUUUCUGGUAAUGAAGUACUUGUACGACCCGAUGACGAAAUAAAAAAUCGUUUACCGUUCCCACUAUCAGUUCGUCUCUGUUAAGUGCGGUAUAAGUUCAUUAAUUUUUCUUUAACGGUAGUGUAAGAGUGCUUUGUAGGCUGAUUAUGGAUAUAGUGACCUCAACCCGCGUAUAGGAAUGUAUACAUCAAUCAGGAUAUUUACAUGAAGAGUUAGGCUCGCGUCGAUUGCCAUUGACCUUAGGCAUUUGGUACGACUCCGUAAGCGAAAGAAUGGCUGAAAAUAUCGCGUUCAGUGACUGGUCGGAAAAGCUCGACUCUGCUGGAACUAAUCAUUGGCUUCCUGCGUACGGUCUCCAGCAACCGACCGUCAUGGGCAGUAGCGGAGGCGGUGGCCAUCACCAUCUUCAUCAUGGCCAACAGAACGACCCCGUCACGUUCGAUUCUGUCGAUCGGCCGGACUAUUUCUGUGGCGACCACGAAGACGACAACAAUGAUGACGACGAUCUCGCGGACGAUGACAGCUGGUCAUCAUUCAACCAGAGCAAUUACGGCGGAAACAUUGAUAGGAGUACGUCUUAUAUUUUUUUGGAAACCAUUCUGGAAGAAACGUCUGAUGAUUUGAGAACGGAUUCUGAAAGAAGUAGCGAAGAAGAUUUUAUCAAAGAGGAUAGCUGGUCCAUCUCUAACCAUGACCCGUUUAAUUUAUUCAACAACGAAGCGCUUCACAAGGUGUACGACAAUAACGAUCCUGGAGUACACGAUGAGGACGACAAUGUUUUCUUUAGAGGUAAUACACAAAAUCCAUGUGAAUGGACUCCCUUGACGGUAGGAGGAGGCGGAGGUAGUUUGUUGCAGUUCGAAACAUUAGAGAAACAAUGCGAGCAAACGGUGCAAUUUAGAACAACCGCCACAUCCGUCCCGUUCAUGUCGACCAGCUCCGAGUCCCUUACCGCCCAGCGGUCGUCACGCCGUCACAGUUGGAAAUCGCAUCAGCAACACGACGAUUGUGAUGAGUACGAUGACGACGAGACCAUGUUGUGUAGUACACCGUUUUCUAGUUAUGGAGCUGGCGGUGACGGUUCGAGUAUCAAGUCGUUGAGCAAGAGUAUGGAAAGCGUACAUUCGGGGGCCAGUAAAAAACGUAAACGGGACUCUACUUUAAUUGACGUUUCGCAGAGUCUGGAAGAUUUGCGCCGAGACGACGACGGUUGUAACGCGGCCACAAACACGAGUACGGGUAUGUAUAAGACGGUGGAUUGUCUUAUUGACCCGACGGCGUUCCGCAAACGUGUUGAUGUGGUGGACGGUAAAAAACCCGGAGAACUGACCGUUGCAAGUGUCAAACAGCAAAGGUCGUCCGAGAACCUCAGCGAAGACAGCGGUUUCGGCGAUCAAGUGCCGCCAAUCAGAGCAGCGCCGGUCGUCCAGACGUACAAGCCCAUUGUCGAGGACGAAAACUAUUUUGAGAUGUCUACGAAAAGUAUACUCGGCGACGUGACAACGACUCGAGAUAGCGGUAGUAGUGGUGUCGUCACGGAGAAGGGGACGAGCGAUGAAGAUUGCGACAACGACACGUACCACUCGGGUUCUAAAUUUAGCACAACCUGGUGUAGCUAUCCCGAUCUGGCAGAACAGCCGUCAGUGAACCCGGGCUCUCCUACGACCGACGAUCACAACGGUAUGGCGUCCCGUUUGCCCAUGUCCAGCACGCCGAACUUGUGCGCCGACGAUCUGUCGGACACCGGCGAUUAUUUACGUCCCAAGAAAUUGUUGGAUUCUACCGCGUCGCUGUAUAGAUCUCAUUCGUUAAAACGAAUACACUACGAGAGCGAAUCGGCACUGAGUGCAGCAUCGUCUAGGGGUAGCAACUUGCUAAUAACCACCAGUUUUGUCAGCCUCGCGCCGCCCGUCUCCAACAAAGGCGUGCACUUUUGUCCAGUCGUUUCUGAAGUCAAUUGGCGUGAAAGUUUCAGUAGUACCGAUGAAGUUUCUUCGGCGCCGGAAACGGAAGAAGAAGAAGAAGAACCGGAAGAUAAUAUCGACACUAUGGUAGUAAAACUGUUGACCGGUCUACCUUCGGAAACCAGGCGGCCGAGCUUGGCGGAAAAACAACAGCUGCGCGAACGGCUGGACUUCAUUACCGGCGGCUCCCCACCAGUUUCGCAUAGGAUUGGCGGUGGCACGCCCACCGCCGGCACCGGUUCUAGUACAACCGCGGCGACCGUCACCGGCGCGGACGGCCGCAGUGUUGAAUCGCGAGCGACCGAGACCGAUGCGCCCGCGGUAACUAUGUCCAAGUCGAAAUCGAUUGGUGGAAAGCUCGGCGGAUUUUUUCAACGGUUUUCCUUGCGGCGGUUGAGCGGUCGACGUAGUAAAGACAAGAAAAAAUUUAAGGCUGAUGGUGAGACAACAUCAUCAACAGUUAAUGCUCCCGCCGGUAGACCAGAUACGCCGCCGCCACCACCACCACCAUCCGCUUCAUCCCGACAGCCCACUACUACUAACCCGUCUGACUCGAAAGUCACCACCGUGUCGGCCACCAACAUCGCCACCGUCGAUCGGGGUAAAAAGCCACCUUUACCGCCGCACCCACAGACGGCCGCCGACAAUUUUGGUACGCGUCGGCGCCUAGUGUACGACGAAAACCGCGGCGGCAGUAGCCGAUUGCCGCCACCGCCGUCACUGCCGACUGCCGGCAGUCGUGCGUCCCUACAAUCGCGGUCGCCCGCCGCUACCAUUUUACUCGAAACCGACUUGGAUUCGAAUGUGACCAGGACGUCUUCGUCGUCAUUGGUGAUGGGUAGUGGUGGUGGUGGUUGUAGUCCUAAUAAGAAAGCUCGGAGUCUACUGGACUUGGGUGCGUCGUCGGGGAAAUUGUCUUUGGCGCCCACCGAAAUCGGCAACAGGCAACCUGUCGAUGGAUCACCUUCGGCCGAGUACAGAGCCAAAUCUAUGGAAUUCUUGCUGGACAAGGAGAACCAAGCAGCCGUCCAGGCUCCUGAAAAUGAACUUCGCAAGGGAACAGUCAACGGUAAUGAGCGUAUGUUGUCUGAACACGAAUUGCGCAUCCAACGUUCAUUACAAAGACUUAACCUUCCUGAAUGGUAUAAAACCAAUAAUGUGCCGGCACAAGGCUUCCUUUUAAAAAGACAUAGCGAUGCAGGUUACACGACGAGUAUGUCUAGCUUGUCCUCUACCCAAUCUCAAUCCCCAAAAGGACAUUCUAAUAUCAGUAAUUCAUUGCUAAGUCCUCAAACACAUGCUGCAACUAAAAACUUCUCGCGAUGGAGUACUAGUCGCUUAAAUGGUGCUCAUUCAACUAGUACAUCUCCUUGUAGUUCAACUCGUUCGUCAUUUAACUAUCGACAGCCGUAUUUGGGUUGGAGGUCUCAAGAGAAAUUAUCUAAGCCUAGAACACCAGCUGAACGUCUAGCUGCUGGUCUGCUAGCCCAACAUCAAAAUAAUCAACCAUGUCCAGAUAAUUUAUCUGAGGUGCAGUCUUCAAUAAAGGAAGUAACUUCAGCUAUAGCUAAUUAUGUUUCAUCAACAACUCCAAAUGGCAGUAAAGAAAGGUUAAAUUCAGACUAUCAUGAUUCACCAUCGAGAUGUCAAUCUCUUAGAGGUAGUACGGGACGUUUAUGUUGGUUAGAAAGUUCAUUUGUAGGUAACAAACGACCAAGUUUAACUAGGGAUACACCCCCAUCUGAAAACAACACACCAAUUUCAUACAAGUCAUUUUCUUCAAUUAAUAAGCAGACUCCAAAUAAGACUAAUGAAUGGGUCAAUGAUCGACCGAGUCCUGGUUCGACCACAAUGGAAGAUGUACUUAACUCGUUAUUAGGACUACAAUCUCCCAACAAGUCUGCUAGACUUUACUGUCGUCGCAGUAGUGACAACAAUCCUAAUCAUGGACGUCCUUUCACGGCUUCCGUUUCAGGUAACGCCAAACAACAACAUGCAACGAGUGAUCUGAAUUGUGUUGGUGCAUUAGAACCGAGUACGAUCCGUUGUCGAUAUUCGGAAUGUCAACGUUCGGCCACAGUGGCCGAGGCUCGGCGGACAUUCAAGACAUGUCAUAACUGCAAUCACAUGUACUGUUCACGACGGUGUAGACGUGCUCAUUGGCAAGAUCACAGGAAGACUUGUUUGAACAGGCGAACGGGCACGUUGUGUCAGUCCAUCUUUGAGACUUUCAAGGGCAACGAUUCGUGCACAGACAGGCUGUCGAUAAUAGCUCGCCGAGGAUUUCUAGAACAAGGUCGGGGAACCGUCAAGUGCCACUUCUCGGGCAUAGAACUUGCCGAAAAGUUUGUUAAACAUGGCGGCAACCAGUUGCAUUGCGAGCCCGUGUACGUUAAAUGGACUGAACUGACCGAUUCAGAACCGGAACGGCUUGAGGAGUUGUGUAAGAACUAUAAUCCAGACACACGGUUCGUUUUGUUCGUGUCAGUGUGCGUUCAGAGGGAGAUCCCAGGGCCCGGACCGGUGCAGUGGGAACGACACGUGGUGUCAAGGUACGUCAAGCUGCGGCUUGGCAAAUCUUUUAGAGCUACGCCAAGCCAGUUGUCCACCACGGGAAACGGACCGGAUACGUUGAUAUUGACAUCGUUGCCUGGGCGUAAUCGCGGCGUUCACAGGUCCCGACAAGUUGGAUUCACUAACAUACAACGUCACUUGCGGCAGAGGGGUGUUGAUCUCAGACACCAAUUUCCAGACGUGUAUAACAAGCUAUGCGAAUAUGUCCAAGGCCCAGACGAAGUCAAGUUCACGCCAAUGACAAUUUAUCCGCAAGAAAAGGUAUCGGGAAAGACCUUUAUGUGUAUCAUCAUGCCGGACGCCGAGCCUGAAAAGAUGAGGUUGAUACCGGAGGGCAAUAACACAGUUCAGACAAUCGAUAUCAGCCAAGAAGAAACCGAAGAUUGAUUUGUUGCAUCAAACAUCAUUACAUUUUUAAAAGAAACAACUGUGCCGUUUAAAAUAGCUGUCGAUUAUUACUACAAUAGUAUUAAAUGCAAUAAUAGUAAUUAUUAUUAAUAAUAUAGAGCUAAGCAAUGAACACGAGUAACUAGUGGAAAUUUUUUUAUUAAAUGUGAAUUCUAUAAUUAUUUAAUUUUUUGGGGUACUAAUGAUCUUAUAAAUGAUUUAUUCAUAUUACUAAAAUAUUAUCUCAACAUUUUGCCUUGGUAAUAAAAAUUAUUUAUAAUAAAU